AUGACUGCUGAGUUAGAAAUCCUGACUCGAAUUUCGGCCUAUUUGGCUGAAAACAAGAGGAAGUUAAUUCUGGAAAGACAGAGACUUAGACCUCAAAAUCCCAUCUACAAAGAAACAGCUCUAGCCUUUGUUGGGGAAAAUAAACUUCUUAAGAAGGUCCAUCUCGAAUCUAAGUGGCAAAACAAAGGGAGGAUGUUAGCCCAAGAGGAUUGUAAUGGUGUCAAAAAGCCCAUAUAUUACCUUAGUAGAAUGUUGGUAGAUGUUGAAACUAGAUACAGUCUCAUAGAAAAACUAUGUAUGUGUUUGUACUUUGCAUGUAUGAAAUUAAAGCAAUAUAUUAAACCAGUUGAUGUUUAUGUUUUGUCUCAUUACGAUAUUAUUAAACAUAUGUUGUCUAAGCCUAUUUUACAUAGUAGAAUUGGGAAAUGGGAACUGGCGUUGACAAAGUUUUCUCUAACUUUCAAGCCUUUAAAAGCCAUGAAAGGCCAAAUCAUGGCGGAUUUUAUAGUGGAUCAUGCCAUGAUCGAAUCAUCCCUGAAUGUGGUCGACACCACACCAUGGCGUCUAUAUUUCGACGGAUCGAGUCACAAAGACGGAACAGGAGUCGGGGUAUUGAUAUUAUCCCCUCAGGUGGGUCAGACGGAGUUUAAGUACAGGAUCAGUGAAAAGUGUUCUACCAACGAAGCCGAAUACGAGGCCUUAAUAGUCUGUCUUCAGCUUUUGAAAGGAAUGGGGGCUAGUCGAAUUGAAGUAAGGGGAGACUCGGAGUUGAUAAUAAAGAAAGUCACACACGAAUAUAAGUGCAUCAAGGGGAGUCUGCUAAAAUAUUUUGUGACUGCAACGCAGUUACUAGAACAUUUCGAAGUUGCAGACAUAAGACAUGUGCCCAGAAGUGAAAACCAAGAGGCCAACGAGUUGGCCCAAGUCGCUUCAGGAUAUAAGAUGUCUAAGUCGAGUUUACAAGAUAUGAUCGAGGUUCGAGGAAAAAUGGUGUCAAGUACGACCCCAACAGAAGAUGUCCUCGAUGAGAAUGUCAGUCGUGAUGGGGAUCUCGAUGAAGAGUGUCAGGAAAUCUGUGGAGUCGAGGAGGCAUGGGAACAUGGGGUUUUUACUAUCAACAAUUCGACAUCGUCAGACUAG